CAAUAUACGCCAAAACCCAACUUUCCCAACAAUAUCAGUUCUGCAAAUCUCUCCAGCUCAUGGGCUAACAGCAAGGGACACUGGGCAAAAUCCAUAGACUGGGUAACCACGAAGCCCAUCCUUGUUAAAGAAACCAGUGGCUCAGGUCUCUUCUGUGGCUUCUGCUGCCACUUUGAGAGCAAUUCAUGCCUCUUUGCAGUCUUCAUCUUCCAAGAUGAAGACUACCCUCGACUUGUGUGGUCUGCUAAUAGAAAUAGUCCGCUCAAACUUAAUGCUACUCUGGAACUCAGUGAACAAGGAGAUUUGAUCAGGUCCACAGACACAUCUGGAAAGAAUGUUUCAGGCUUGAACUUGACUGAAACUGGAGACCUUGUGCUCUUCAACACAGAAAACUCUGCCGUGUGGGAGUCUUUCCAUCACCCAACUGACUCUUUGGUUGUGGAUCAAUGGUUGCAUGAUGGGAUGAAGCUGACGGCCAGUAUGUCGGAUUCAAAUUUGACGGAAGGUUUGCUUUCAAUUUUGCCUAUAACUCACGGAUUUGCUGCUCAGAUAGAGUCCAAUCCUCCGCAGCUCUAUUACGAAUUCAAGAGUGGAGGUUCCAACAGUAAUGGAGAAGCUUUUAUCUUUCACAAUAACGGAAGCCUCUACCUGUCCACUUAUGAUGAUGCUGGAAACAAUUGAGUUAUUUGCGGGUUUAUCAGUGGAA